CCCACACCAUGCUGCCCAAAAAUCAAAUAUUGAAUAAUAAUAGCAAUAAUCAAUCUUAACUUCCAGAAUAAAAGCAACAAAUAGAUAAAGCAUGCCUGGUCUCAAUGCAUCGUGACUUUUGAAAAAUUCCAGUUCAAGAAACGAGAUAAUAUCACAACAGCAUUACACGAUAAGAUGUAACAAUGACUCAGGUUUACGCAGAAACUGCGUGAGCCACUCUUAAAACGCUUGCAUUUGAGUGCGCUUUCUUUGCGGCCGGCGCAGAAUGCAAGAUUUCAACUCCUCUGUUGUGAAAGGAGCUUUUGUGACUCAUUCACUCUCCACCGGAGCUGCGGGAAGCACUCUCCCCUUCUCCUCGAACGCCUUCUCGCAGCAUGUGCGGAACAACUUUGGCGUGUGAUGAGCGGCUCCGCGUUCCGGAGAGAAGACCCUAGGGGAAUUCAAGCGGACACCCCAGAGGGACAAAGGAUUUGUUGGCUCUACUUGAGUGAGUCAGUCGGAGGUUUGUUCCGAGCGCAGGAGUGUUCGGGCCGCUCCGCUACGAGCGCGCACGCCCCCCCCAGACAGUCUUCCCGAAAAUGUCUUGGUCGUGGGCUGUCUACAUUGGCAUGGAGGUGCUCAUCGCCGUCUCGUCGGUCAUCGGCAACGUAAUGGUGGUGUGGGCCGUGCGUAUUAACCGCUCGCUCCGGGACACCACGUUUUGUUUCAUCGUCUCGCUGGCCUUGGCUGACAUUGCGGUCGGGGCUCUCGUCAUCCCCCUCGCCAUCACCAUGAGCAUCGGACUCGAGACUCACUUCUACAGCUGUCUGGUGAUCGCUUGCACCGUGCUGGUCCUCACUCAAAGUUCCAUCCUGGCCCUCCUGGCCAUCGCCAUCGACCGCUAUCUGAGGGUCAAAAUACCCAUGAGCUACAAACGAGUGGUGACCCCUCAGCGAGCCGGGUCGGCCGUGUUGUUGUGCUGGCUGGUGUCCAUCCUGGUGGGCCUCACGCCUAUGUUUGGGUGGAAUAACUUACAACAUCACAGUGACAACGGUUCCCUCGUCAGCACCGACCUGGUGGUGAAGUGCCAGUUUGAGACAGUCAUCAGCAUGGAUUACAUGGUCUACUUCAAUUUCUUCGGCUGGGUGCUGCCCCCCCUGGUCCUCAUGCUCGUCAUCUACGUGGAGAUUUUCUACAUGAUUCAUAAACAGCUUAAUAAGAAGGUGACGGUGAGCCACGCAGACCCCAGUCAUUACUUCGGCAGGGAGCUGAAGCUUGCCAAGUCCUUGGCUCUUGUUCUUUUGCUCUUCGCCGUUAGCUGGCUCCCCCUUCACAUCCACAACUGCAUCACACUCUUCUGCCCCAAAUGCUACAAACCAUCGAGCGUGAUUUUCAUCGCCAUCCUCCUGACCCACGGCAAUUCUGCCGUCAAUCCCAUCGUGUACGCUUUCCGCAUUAAGAAAUUCCGCUCGGCCUUUUGGAGAAUUUGGAAUCAGUACGUUCUUUGUCGGGAUCAAGUUGGUCAGCUUCCUCAAAGAGGUAGUCAGAGGAUACAGAAUACCGCGAGGAGGCUGAGGCACAACGAUGACGAUGAUGACGACGAUGAUGUGUGAACCGUAACGUGGGUGGAUCAAGGAUUACGAAAAUGACCUUUCUUAAAGGAUGUCAGACGGAUAAAAGCUAUGCUCAUUUGAGGAUAAACAGUCAAUAAAUCUGACUGACUCAGAUGGGAAUGUUUUUGUUUAUAGAUGGGAAUGUUUUUGUUUAUGUCUCAAGCAAGCACCACAAUUUGGUGAUGAUGUCAUAUGGGAUAAGGGUCUUACCGUCAAUGUGAAUAACUGCAAAGAUGUACCGCAUUUUAAACUCCUCUUCGUGACUGAAUAAUUUUUUUUUCAACAAUUGACAGGUCGAGCCAUAAUUGUGUGCUUGAGCGGCAGGAACAUAGCACUAAUUUAGCAAAAUUCGAACAGACGAGCAGAUGCUUGGGGGACAAUGAUGGAGGAAGGAUGUAUAAAUGAAUCCUCAGCGAUGCACUUUGGGCAAGCUGUGUUCAGGUUGAAUGAGCCAUCAGUCACGUAUGUGUGUCACAUGCUUUUAUAAGUGUGCAGGUUGCAAGCGUGACCACAUGGGAAACGGAUUUGUUUAUCUGCGACUUAAAAUAGCAUCCUUAUCGGCCAAGCCUGAAACUUCCAUGCCUCUCUUAAGCGUACUACAAUUGUGUAUCGAUUGUUGUGAGGAAUACUACAUCACCCUGAAAGAACUUCGAUUAUAGGAGACCUCUUUGAUUAUGCACUUAUCUCUUGUCACUAAACAGAUUUGACUCACCUCAACAAUUGCGAAUUUGUAAAAGUAUACUCAGCCUAAAAUGAUUCCAUUCCUGGAUUAAUUUGGAUUUAAAAUCAACAUGUGUUUUUUAUGAAUGGGUAUCCUCUGGCUAUAGAUGACAAGAUAUUGACAAAAGACUGUGAUAUAUUUUGAAAAUAAUGUACAUGCCUGACAAUUAGUGAGGAAAUACAAACUUUUGGACCAUAUUUAUAUAAUUCAUAAUCAGCAUUGAGUGCAUAAUUGAGUAUGAAUCUGAAUCAUUUCGUAAUGGAGAAUUCAAAACGUAAUAACAUCUAACAAUUGUGUGCCACUUGUGUCAUUUUCUGCUAUAGGAUACCCCGUAAAUUCCCUCAAAUCAACAUUUGGCUCAUUUUCUAGUUUAACUGUGUAUUAUUGUAUUUGAAUGUUACAAUUUAUUUGUGGAAACAGUGAGACAUAUUUAUAUCACUAUCAGCUAAUAAUAAUAACAACAAUAAUGCCUUUGUACAAACACUUUAGCCUUAUAAUACCGUAGUAGCAGUUGACUCAAUAAACAACCUUGGACACUGUAUGAGCAAAGACAUUUUUUGGAACGAUUACCUGAAAGUUACAUUCAUGGAUUGGAUACUGACGACAAAACAAUUAAUUGUUGUAUGUUUGGGAUGGCGAUGUGGAAAAAGGUAAUGAGGAUCGGAUUCGAGAGGAUUAUUUAGCAAUAUUGUAACAAAUUGAAUCCAGUGAUUCCCAAAAGUGGAAUAACUAUAUGCUACCUGAUGCGUUUCAAAGUGUUUGUACACAUGGCCUGACACGAGCAGUUAGUGUGCAAACAGCUUGAUUACUUAACACCCUAAGAAAAUGAAUUGCAUUUCUCGUCAAGAGAAGAACCAACAUACGUAUCAGAGUUCAAAAGGAAAAUUUACAUUUUUCCUUUGUGUGUGUUUCCUGUGUGUUUAUACGGAAUAAAAACUAUGACAACUAAACUCA